GUCACACCAUCUGAACGAUUUAUCGUAGUAAUACUUAUUUAAUCUCUCCCAUCUGCGUUAGUUCUCUUAUUAUGGCACAUGGAUGGUCGGUCUACUUCCUAUAACGCUAGACGCUCAAUCCUUCCGUCGGCUGAUGAAAUUCGCCAGGUUGAAGCAUUCGUUCAAAUAAUAGAUGAAUUAAAGCAUAAAUUGGAAGCCAAAAAGGCAGAGGCUCACAAAGUAAUUAGACACAAAAUGCAUGAUUUGCAUACUCUGGUUGAUAAAUGGGAAGCAAGGCUGUUUGAUACGAUGAACGAGACGCUAGAUGAGAAAAUCGAGAGUCUGUUGAAACAGCAAGAAAAAAUGUCCCUGAUGCUGGAACGGAUCAAAGAGUAUAAAGAAUCUAAGCAUGCGGUGGGCAUGCUUAGAGAAUUCGGGUAUCAAAAGGAAACCGAUUCUGUGGCAGCCGGAGAUGCAGAAGAUGCCUUGAGGGAUUUCGGAGAAGACGUACUGACAAAAGAUGAAGAAGAGGAACACGAAGAGGACGAGGUUGCGAAGAGUUAUUUAGACACGUGGAAUAGUCUGCGAUUUCCGCUGAAACCUGUAGGAGUGAGUAUUGAAGAGGUAAAUGCAGAUUUAUGGAGUGAGUUCGGCCAGUUGCUGGAGGAGACGCGAAAAUCAUUGAAAAGAUCGUUUUUGUUAAUAGGUGGAAUUGUGAGGGCCUAUAUGCGUCGCGGUCACAAAAACGAUGAGUGGGUGGCAAUGGUGCGUCGCUUAGAGGCACGAGUGGAAACAAACCAUUUCAACAUGGCACUAGAUAUGGUAUCAGACGCAGUCGUCGCGACGAGUUUGGUGCCAUCAACAGGUUAUGUGCCGUCAAACAAAACGGGGCUUUCUACGAUAUGGCUUGUGAUUAACGAUAUAUUUAAGUAUCGAAACAAUAUCAGUUUUACCGAUGUUUUAUGUAAACAAGCACAUUAUUUGUAUACCAACUUUUCAUCUCAAAUUAUUUUUUAUUUGCCCCAGUUUGUCAAUUUGCUAUUGUCAUACAAGAACUUCCCGCUGACUUCGUUUAUAAUGGCCAAGUGCAGAGAUGAAUUACCGUUUGCAAUUCAAGUCUAUUAUCUGACAAGUAGCAUGUCUCAACUUGGAUCUCCAACUUGGCAAAAAAGGUGUUUAAAAAUUCUUAAGCAGAUCAUUCAGCAGCUCCCAGAACUCUAUUUGACCCAACCAUUACCGCCAGGCUUGAACAUCAAGACGAAGAGCAAAACGCAGGACGAGGCGCCAAAAAAGCAGUCUGAUAAGCUUAUUCAAAGGAGGCGGCCAGUAGAAGGUCAAUCGAAGAGUUUUACGAAUUCUCAGAUAGACAUGGAAUAUCUGUUCUAUAAUUUCCUGAGAAGAGAUCAAAGCCACUGUUUGUGCAAUCAUGUUUCUUAUCCAUUUCUGCCUAUUUCACUUGGCUCCGACUGGAAUUUUCACGCUCCGCCCAGGGUUUCUGUUACAUCUGUAUUUGUACAUAUCUAUAACAUAGACUGCAACCUCAUACUCACAUUAGACAAGAUACGCACUAAGCUCCAAUUGGCUUUUGGCUGCUCGUGGUGUCAGCUUCUUCUACGGCAAAGUCACGUUGAACAGUUGGACCAAGGCGAGUCAGACUACGACUGCUCGUCCUCCGGACGUGGAUACACUGAGCGCAUGAAGGAUUCGUCCUUUCAGGUGGGAGAUAAGAGCGAUGAAAAGGGGCCCCCCAACAUAUUGAGCAGGCAAAUGUGUUUGACGUAUACAAAUGACAAUGGUGUAGAUAAUAGCGAUGUAUAUAGUAAUAGUGUAUAUAAUUAUGCAACCGACGGGGAUAUCUGUCUGUGCUCUGAGGCACUGGUGUCCAACUCUUUCAUCCCAGUGGCGGUGCCUCCGUUGUUCUCAGAGAAGUGUCCUCUUUUUUAUUCGUUGAAUGCCUUUCCGAAGUGUCUAUGCAAGCACGAUUGGGAGCCCUAUUUGAAAUUACAUGAUAGCCAGCCCGGCAGUCCGUUCUAUUCUGAAUCGGUCAUCAAGAAGCAAAUCUCUUCAAUGUUUGACUUUUCUCCUUGGCUGCAACCGGCCCGUCUUCAUUGUCUUCCGUCUCCGACCUGGUGUCCGCAUUAUCUGCCGUUUCAGUAUGCUCGAUUUACAUGUUGCCAGCCGUUAGACGCAUACAGCCGCGAAGGUUCGAGUAAGGAGGCGGCAAACGUCCAGUUGCACGACUAUUGGUAUCUGUUUUCGCCCACACUACAACUGAGAACGUGGCCAUCGAACAGCUCGUUAUCUGUAAUAAACGAGAGCUAUCUUUCGGAUUUUUUGCUACCUCAACUGAACCCCUUUUGUUCCUCAUGGAUAAAUCAAGCCUACGAUCAAGACGCAUUUAAAUUUGAAGCAUGCCAUGCUGUCAGAUGCAAUUCGUGCAUAUUGUGUCGCUACUUAACCGGUUGGCUGGCCUAUAUACGGGUUUACGCGAACCAGUGCAUCAACGAGUUUUUCCGAACCCACGAUUGCGACGAGGCCUCGCAUCUUUCCGAAGAUCCAGAAGAGGAACUGAGCAGACUGAUUCGAAUUACUAAGCCCGCCCCGCCUCCCAAAGUGGAAAAGAGUUUGGAGGUGCCUGCCGGAAAAGAGUUUUUUUUUAUUCAGAUCAAGUUUGUCAGAAAGAUUAUUGAUGUGAGCCGUAAGUUGGGUGAAUUGUAUGGCCAACCAGACAAGUACAGCGACGCUUUGAAUAGUGAACUGAGGCAACUGGAGCCAUAUUUGAAGAGUGGGCAUGCGUACUUACCCCAGAUCGACGACAAUAACUCGAGAGUGCGCGUGCUGCGAUUCGUACUUGAAGAGUGUCAGCCAAUUCCCACGUACGGAAGGGUGCUGUACAAGAUGAUCUGCGAAGUGCUGAACUUGCCGGGAGAUUGUUCCAACGAAAUGGCUGAUGAAUACUUGAGGUUGAACACGGACUUCUGGAAGGUGUCGUCAGCAGAAGGAGGAAAAAAACGAGAAGAAGAAGACGGGAAGAGAAAAACUGACAAAGAUGAGAUGGCAUGUGACGAAUACCAACGAAAACCGGAAACAUGGAAAAUGUUAGAGUCUUCUAAACAUCCAGACUUCUCGUCUCAGUCGACGUCUUCUUCCGCCGAUUCUGAUGUAGACGGACAAAAGGAUGGGUCAAAGCCAUUUGUAUCUGCCUUUGGUACGUCUUGGAAGGAGCUGCGCCGACGAAUCAAGCUUUCCAGUAAGUAUGCAGCUUUGCCACAUUGGGACGUGAAAGCUUACAUUGUAAAGCAUGGUGAUUUUGUUUUGCAAGAGCUGUUCGUGAUGCAAUUGUUGUACCAAUUUCAAACUAUUUGGAUGUCAGAGAAUUUACCCCUGCACAUACAAUGUUAUCAUAUAUCCGCCCUGUCCUACCAAUCUGGUUUAAUCGAAGUAGUACCUAACUCUAUCAGUCUCGACAAGCUCAAGAAGAUGACGGAGAUGAAUGGGACUUCUUUAUCAUUGUUAGAGGUGUUUAGAUACGAGUGGGCUUUAAGCAGCGAAUUCAAGCGCGCUCGAAGCAACUUCGUUUCAUCACUCGCGGCCUACUCCAUCGUCUGCUACCUGUUGCAAAUUAAAGAUCGUCACAACGGAAACAUCAUGCUGGAUUCUGGCGGACAUAUUUUUCACAUCGACUUUGGGUACUUGUUGGGACGAACUAUUAAAUUCGAAAAAGCACCCUUUAAACUCACGGACGAAUUUGUAGAAGUAAUGGGUGGGGAUCAAUCCAAGACCUUCAAGGCCUAUUGUAACUUGGUAGUUCGCGGUUUUUUGGCUGCCAGAAAACACUACUCUAAAAUUCUGCUAAUUGUUGAAAUGAGUAGCGGCGAAAGCGGCGCAAUCCCCUGCCUAAAUUCACCCAAUAUUGCCACCGAUUUGCGCAAACGAUAUCAUCUGGAUUGGAGUGAAGAACAGUGCGAAAAGUUUAUGAUGAAUUUGAUCAGUGAGGCGCGUGACAACUGGCGAACACAAAUCUAUGAUACGUAUCAACGUAUUGUAAAUAACAUCCAUUAGGAUUUCCCUUCGAAAUUAUGUAUAUAUAUAAUGGAACAGCUUAAUUUUCUAGUAUUACCCCUUAAGUACUCUAUGUAAACCAUGACACGUAUAUGAUUGGCCCUUACAACUUGUAACACUAUCGACGGUUAACUGCGAAUACAUUAUUAUGUAGUCCUACUAUACUAUAAACAAAUUAUCCUAUUAGCACCCCUUUUUUCUAAAGCGGUGAUAGCAUGGAGCCGUAACACUCUGCUUCCUACUAAUUCGAUGCUUGGCUUUUGAGUGUACUGAAUGAAAUUUUUUUAUCGAUGCCGACCUGUCCGUCGUGACAGCACUUCAUACUGUAUAAACAAGUUAUAUAAAUCACUUCCGCAAUACCAACAGGUAGGUUUCCGUUGCACGUUACUUUCGUUUCUAUAUGCGAAUUCAAAAUUCUUCCACGUUGCUUGGGUCCAAAAUUCGUCAUUUUUGCUAAAAUAAUUUCUUUGCCUUCGUAAAAUCCUCUGUUUUCAAUGCUUGUUUCUCCUUCUCGAAGCAUUGUCUUCGCUCGCCCUCACGC